CCCCGCUUUCAAGGCAGCACCAGUCCAGCCAUGAACCACUUCCUCCACACCAGCAGGCCCAACCCCAAACCAUGGCCCACCAAAAAACCCUCCCACAGAUCCCCUCUCCUCUCCCUCUCCCUCCUCGCUUUGUUCGCCUCCCUUCUCUUCUUCCUCUCCUACUACUCCCUCACUCCCAGCUCCCCCUCUCCCAUCUCACCUUUUAACAGAACCCUGAGUUCCCGAUUCCCCCAAUGCACUUCCUCCCAAGCCCCAUUCCUGGGGGAGAAAUUCCUCUGGUACGCGCCCCACAGCGGCUUCAGCAAUCAGGUCUCCGAGUUCAAGAAUGCCAUCUUGAUGGCCGGGAUUCUCAACCGGACCCUGAUUGUUCCUCCCGUUCUUGAUCACCACGCUGUUGCUCUUGGCAGUUGCCCAAAAUUUAGGGUUUCGAGUCCGGGUGAGAUCCGGGUUGCGGUUUGGAACCAUGUGGUUGAGCUUCUCAGGACAGGAAGGUAUGUCUCCAUGGCUGACAUUAUUGAUAUUUCAUCGCUAGUGUCUUCACCUAUUGUUCGAGCCAUAGAUUUCAGGGUUUUCGCAUCCCUAUGGUGUGGAGUGAAAGAUUUUGACUGUUUCCUCGCAUCAAAUGAGCAGUCCUCUUUGUUUGAUAGUCUGAAGCAAUGUGGAUCUCUACUAUCCGUGCUUAACGGUAAAGUGGAUAUAUGUACAUAUGCGGUUGGUGAAGAUUGCCGGACUACAGUCUGGACGUACCAAAACGGUGAUAAAGAUGGUGUUUUAGAUUCAUUUCAACCAGAUGAACAGCUUAGGAAGAAGAAGAAAAUAUCACAUAUUAGGAGACGGAGAGAUGUAUACAAGACUCUUGGACCCGGUUCUGAAGCUGAAUCUGCCCCACUGCUGGCAUUUGGAAGCCUUUUCACAUCUCCCUACAGAGGUUCAGAGUCGUACAUCGAUAUUCAUGAAGCUCCAAGAGAUCAAAGGAUACAGUCUCUGAUUGACAAGAUUGCAUUUCUUCCAUUUGUCCCUGAAAUUGUGAGUAUGGGAAAGGAGUUUGCCGAAAAGAACAUAGGGGCUCCUUUUCUUUGCGCACAGCUCAGAUUGUUGGAUGGGCAGUUCAAGAAUCAUUGGAAAGUCACAUUUCUGGGUUUAAAACAGAAACUAGAAUCUUUACGACGGAGUCCACACCCUAUUCAUAUUUUUGUGAUGACUGAUCUUCCUGAAGGUAAUUGGACCGUAAAUUACUUGGGGGAGUUGGCUAGAGACUCGCAUAAUUUUAAGCUGCAUUUACUCAGAGAAGAGGAUGAGUUGGUAAUUGAAACAGCCAAAAAAGUUAUGGCGGCUGGUCAUGGCCUAAGGUUUGGGUUUGUUCCAGAGGAUUUUGGAAUAGGCGGAUUAAAGAAACACUGCCCUUCUGAGAUACUUCCUGACGUACUUUUAUACAUUGAGGAAUCUGUUUGCAGCUGUGCUUCACUUGGUUUUGUUGGGACUGCUGGUUCAACUAUUGCAGAAAGUGUAGAGCUGAUGAGAAAAUCCGGCACAUGUUCAAAACAAAGUCUAACCAAGUCGUGACAGGUGGCUUAGAAUCUGAUAUGAAGUAAAAACUAACUCAUUGAAAGUGUAUCAGUUUACCAGAUCAAAUGUUUCUCGUUAGGAGUUGUGGAAUUGUGCUUAGCAGCCUGAAAUGGAUUCUAUUUUUAUGCACGCCCUGCACUUUUAUCAUCCUUUGCAGUAAACUAUCACGGGGCUAUCUUCUGUUUGUGUUAAGGCAGAGAAAGGACAUUUAACGGCAGGACUCGGGACUAAGCUCUGCUGAGGUUGCAAUUUAUUGAAGCUUCUGUUAAUGAUACCACGUUUUCAAGGGCAAGAUAGAGGGUGCUCUUCGGAUAUAGAUUUGGAAGUUAUAGCUUGAUAUAUCCGACAAUCGUAUUGAUUAGUUCAUUUGGGGCUGAGUCUUUGUCGUUGAAGAUUGAAGCCUCUUGGCACACAGUUGUCUUUUUUUUGUUUGUUAUAGAAAUGGGGCAUUUCCGAGCGUUAUUAAUUCAUUGUGAUUGUGUAGAUAAGUGAUCUAUCGUUUCCAUUCAUAGUGUUCUAAAGUUUUCUCUCGUA